AUGAUUUAUAUUGCAUUCGGAACCAUUUAUACGCGGGAUUUACUGAUUCAAUUAAAUGCAUUGCAAACGGAAGUUCGUCAUAUUGCAUUUCUUAAAGUUCACAAAGCGGCUAGUACAACUAUACAGAAUAUGAUGUUACGUUUUGGGACGGAAAGAAACUUAACAUUUAUCAUUCCAGCUGUUGGUACAAUACAUCCAAAUGUAAUAAGUAUAAACGAAACCGUCACGUCGAACAAUAUUCGGCCAAUGCCAUUAUUAUCCACCCGUUUUGAUAUUUUAUGCUUACACGUUUUAUAUAACAGGACAGCGUUUGAACACAUUCUUCCAAAUGACACUGUUUACAUUGGUACACUUCGAGAUCCGUUUGAACACUUUAUAUCAGUAAUGUAUUACUUUCCAAAGUUGUUUGAAAGAUUUAGGAUAUCUGGACCUAGAGCAAUAACAGAUUUUCUUGAAGAUCCAGAGAAUCAUGACGUAUCUUUAUCAAUUGAAAAAUAUACUUUUUACAGUUUAACUAGAAACAGAAUGGCGAUAGAAUAUGGUUUUCCAUUAGACCUUCUUUUAAAUUCCAGAUCUAGAAGAAACGAAAUUCAAAGAUAUAUUGAGCAGCUUGACAAAGAAUUUGCAUUGGUUAUCAUAGUUGAACAUUUUGAUGAGUCUUUGGUUUUGUUAAAGCGAGUUUUGAAAUGGUCUACAAAGGAUAUACUUUAUACCAGAAAAAAUGUGAAUAUUUACAAAGAUAACAAACAUAUCAAGGUUGGUGAGAAUGAUCGGAUAAGGUAUAGACAAUUAUCUAACAUAGAUUUCACGCUAUAUAGACAUUUUUACAUCAAACUUUGGCGCCAAAUUGAAAUGGAAUUAUUGUUUCACGAAGAAGUGUUGUAUUUCAAAACUAUCAGAAAGGAAGUAGAAGACUUUUGUCAUAAUUUCAAUCGAAAUUCGGCAGUUCUUACGAUUCCAUCGUCAGAUUGGACCGAGAAAUUUGAAAUAUCUCAAGGCACUUGUGACUCAUUCGUUAUUUCUGAAUUGGAUUUUGUAACAAAAAUAAAAGAGAAGCAAUAUCCAAGGGCAAAAUAA